UGGCUGAUUUUAAUCCCUUAAGCAGACAUGUGUAUUAGACCUCUUGUUCUGUUGGAAAACCUGCAAGCUAAUUUGGAGAAUGCACUGCACAAUCAUCUAGCUGCUGCUUUCUCACUCUCCUGUGCCUUGCUGCUCUCCAUGUUCUGCCCUCUGUUUUGGGAAGUUCUGCACUUUUUCUCUCCUCUUUUACUUUCCACUGCAGUAUGCUCCAUGGCAGUUUAUAUGUUUGUAUCAUCUGAGAAACAAGCGACGAGAGAGAUCCUACUUGUCAAUGAGGAAAUGGUUGAAUUCAGAGUAUAUCAAGUUUAUGAUGAAGUGAACUUUAGCAUAUAUAACGAUCACAUCGAAAUGGGCUGCUUUCUGUUGAAGUCAAGGAGUGGAUGGGAUGAAGAUGGGGAGAGAAUAGUAUUUGCAGGGAGGCUAGAGGCAGGAAAAGGUAAUGGUGUCUUUGAUGAGGAUGUUGCAUCUCUCGAGGUAGAUAGUCUAGCUGAAGGAUUGUGGAAUUGCUACUUUGGGAGAUGCUCAAAAUGGUACCACACAGGCAGUAUGUGAAGGAAGAAAGUGAUCUCAAGGAAAUGUAAGUUAUGCUUUGCAAUUAUCUCCUUCUCAGUGAUAUAUUUUCUCCAUGAAGUUUGUUGUGGAAAAAUUGAUCAUCAAACUUUUAUGCUCUCAUUAGAAAUCUUUUGUCGCCUAUCUUCUUGAAAUUUUAGUCUUUAACAAUUGAAAAGCAUGGUUGCACAAUGAUGUUUAUAGCUUCAUGGUGGGGCGUGCCCUGUUGCGUGAGCCAAAUCCACACAACCCAACAUACCAGACCAACGAAUAUGAUUUCAUGAUCUCAUGAAGAUUAUGGGAAUUUACAAUGCCUUUGGCAACUCUUAUUUUCAUACGGCGCCUUUAGAUGCUCUCUGUUUAUUGAGUAAGCACUUAUUAUGUAAAAAGCAUAAUGGUUGUCAUUUUUCUGCUAAAUAUGUGAUUGUCUCAAUAGUUCCUAUAAGGGUGCCUUAUUAUGUAUGAUAUAUUUAUAGAACUCUCUUAUGCAUGUAAUUCUAGCAGCCUCAGAUAACGCUUCCAUAUUUCUCAUUUUAGUCUUCAUAAAUAUACUGUUUUGUGUGCUAAUUUGUUACUAGCAAUAUUAAGUUCCUACCACUUCUAACAAUAUUAAGUUGUUAUAUUAAUUUAGGUUUACCAUGUCAAUUUGUUUUGAUCUUUAUUACUUUUGUUAUUAUUAUUGUUAUUCGCCACAAAACCUCAAGUAGCUUGAUUUAGUUGGGGCUCUAUUGUUCUGUGAUGGCUGGAUUAUCACAGCCAUAUGAGUGCAUGAGCUAUGGUAAAGAUGGAGAUAAAUAGGAGGCCAUAGUCUCAAUUGCCAUUAUUCCGAUGUUAACUAGUUCUUGAUUAGGCUCUUUUUGAUGAGGACCGUCGGCUGUUGAUGACAUAAGGUUCUAUCUUUGAGAUUGCCGUUCAGUCUGCAAUAUUUGCUACUGGAAUCAUCUAUGGCGAACUGUCCGGUGGGGAAGUAAAAUUUCUGGUCCUCUUCAAGUUUACAAACACAGAAAAAUGCUGUGUCUAUUGAUCCUCUUUUGUUGCCCAAAGUGUAUCAAUAUUAACUGUUAAUCUCAAGAUAUGAGAUAAUGCAGAGAGCAUCUGAGUCCACAGGUAUUCGUUCUUAAUUUAAUGAAAAAGAUUGUUAUUCCU